ACGUUUCGUUCCGUUUUCUGUUUCUAUCUACUCCGCAGUGCAGUUUCCGCACUUCUUUUUGAGCCGCGUCGCUGGCGUCGUUGCCACCUCUUGUUGACUUUGUUGACUUGUUCUUCGUAGGCCGCCGCCGACCGCCGACCUCUGCGGUCUCUCACCCCUUCCUGCCGGCGUAACUCCAUUAUAGUGACAAUUGUGACAUACACGUAUACAGCAUCAGUCUGUCAGAAGAGGAAACCUUUAGAUAUAAAGCGGCUGGUAAAUUGAUCAAAAUGGCUUCAAAUUCACAAACUCUCCAAAGAUCGCUGCCAAAUGCAACGAUUGCCGCUGGAACUUCUCAGCAGCCUGCCGUGCCUGCAGUGGCCAGUAACAACAAUUGGAUCGAAGGCUUUGUCACAGAGCAAAUCGACCCCAAUGACAAGGAUUUCAAAUGGCUCAUCAGUAAGGUCAAGAAAUCUGGCGACUUGUUCACAGUCCACAAGGCCUACAGGAUUAAGAACAGUGCCACGUGGGCCUCGUAUGUUGAGACUCGAAAGAAAAUUUAUGAAGAAAUGGGAAGCAGCGAGCGUGUUCUCGAGAAGCGGCUAUUCCACGGCUCUCCAUUUUCCCUGAAGAUUGCAGAAGAAGGCUUCAAACUGAGCUACGCCAGAAAUGGUUCCUGCGGAGUCGGUGUGUACUUCUCCAAUCUGUCGUCUGAGAGCUACAGUUUCUCCAUGAAGAACGGAGCCCAGACCUCCUACCACAUGCUGAUCUGCAGAGUUGCCCUGGGAAAAAUGUCUUCUGGAACAACUGCUCUCACCCCUGGCUACCACAGUGUCAAUUAUGGCUCCAAAUUUGUCGUGUAUGAUGAGAAGCAGGCCUACCCAAGCUUCUUGAUUGAAAUCAAACCGAAAAGCUGAAAUUCAGUAUUCCAACUUCCUACAGUUUGCCCAAUGCAAACAGAAUUAAAUUAAUUUUGCAUGCAAUUAUGCUGUUCCAAAUGAAAUUCUAAACUGCAAGAUUUGUAUGAUAAUUCACAUAUUGUAAACUUAUUGCUGCAAAUUAUGAAGAAAUUAUUGCAGUCAAAAAUUGAUCACUUCCCAAUCAGCAAUUUAUGUUUUGAAUAUAUUCUAAAUUCCUGAAUAUUCGCUAUAUUAAUCCAAUGUUAUAGCUAAUGGCAACAAUAUUUACAAAUAUUGGGGAAUAUUCAAAAGUUUUCCUUGCUGAUUGGGUUAUAUUAUAUAUUAAACACCCAAAAUUGAAAAACAAAAAAAACUAUAAUAUGGGUUAAAUGAAGUAUUUUGAAUUUUAAAUGAUGCCACCAAAUCAGUGGUUUUAAUUUUUACAGCACAUGGAUAAAACUUGAAAAGAAGGGAAGCUUUAAAUUUUCAAUAAACUUUGGUUCUAUUUGAAGCUUCAAUUCCACAUCAUUCAAUUUUUUGUAAUUAAACUUGUACUUUUUUUGUAACCAUAAAAUGAUUUUAAUUAUUUCUAGCACUAUUUAGUGCAUUUAAAUUCUGAGAAAAAUUGAAUGGUGUAAUAUUGAUACGAACCAGCUGUGAAUAAUAAAAUAUCUUCUUGAUUAAUUUUUUAUAAUGCUUAAAUUUAAUUUUACCAAAAUUAAAAACAAAAAAUCUUAUAAAAAAACUUGCACAUGCAGAUAAAUUAAAUAUUUUAUUGAUAGCUGAUUUUCAAAAGGUUGUUGUGGGAUGUUGAAAGAAAAUUCAGCUGUUUUGUUUGGUUUGAAUUUUUAUUAAAUGCUUUUAGGACACGAUACAACUUGAAUAAUACAUGUAAUUUUCUUCCAAUCUGAGCGUCCUGCUUUUAGUUUUUUAUUUUUUGUUAGAGCAGCUUCAGGAAGAGACAAAAUUCACAUUUUAUUGGGCAGCAAAUGUGGCUGGGCAGGUUCAGGUGCGAAAUGAGCCUGACGAGGCACAUUAGUGCGCAAUUUACAAUAGUCUUGUUUUCAGCAGUUGGGUCUCUUUUUUUAU